GAGUGGGGUGGCUAUUUCAUCGUCAACGGCAACGAGAAGAUCCUGCGUAUGUUGAUUUUGCCCCGGCAAAACUAUCCUAUUGCCAUAGUACGGCCCAGCUGGAAGCAGCGCGGCCCCAUGUUCACGGAGUUUGGCGUGACAAUGCGAUGUGUUCGACGCGACCAAUCCGCAUCGAACAUGGUGCUGCACUACCUGUCGGAUGGUACAUCCACGCUGACGUUCUUCCGAGACAAGCAACAAUACCUCAUCCCAUUCAUUGCUGUGUUGAAGGGCCUAGUGGAGGUGACCGAUCAUCAGAUUUUCUCUGACCUCUGUCAAGGAAAUGAGGACGAUACCUAUAUCAAGAGUUGUGCUGUGGCAAUGCUGCGACAAGCCCAGAACGACGGUUUCUAUCGGCGUGAACAUGUUCUGAAUCACAUUGGUCAUCGCCUCCGUGCUCGUAGAGAAAUGGCAGAGUGGUACAGUGAUCAAGAAGUGGGGGAGUCCAUCUUGAGACAAGAGAUUGCUGUUCAUCUCUCAAACAAUACGGACAAGUACAACAUGCUCGUGUUUGCGUGGCGCAAAAUGCUCAGCCUAGUUGCUGGCAAAUCGUGCGCGGACUCUGCCGACUCACCGAUGAACCAGGAGAUUCUCCUCGGCGGCCAUUUCUACUUGCAGGUCCUUAAGGAGAAGAUUUCUCAAUGGCUGCAGGCGGUACGCGGUGAGCUGACACGCUCCAUGAAGAUGCACCCGGACAAGUUUGACCUCACCACCAGUGGGACGGUAAUGCGUGCACUUCGCCAUGGUCCUAAUAUCGGACAACAGCUGGAAUAUCUACUCGCCACCGGUAACCUGGUGUCCAAAUCUGGACUUGCACUUCAACAGGUCGCCGGUUUUGCACUGAUGGCUGACAAGCUAAACUUCUAUCGUUACCUGUCCCAUUUUCGGUGUGUACAUCGUGGUGCUUUCUUUGCGGAGAUGAGAACGACGGCUGUGAGGCGUCUACUGCCCGAAGCAUGGGGUAAGUCUGUUAAACACAGGUCACAUGACUGCCUCCCAACACAGGUCACAUGACUGCCACCCAACACA